AUGGUCUUUGCGUCCAUGGUGUCGGUCGAAAUGGGUCAUGUCGGGAACGACAAUACCGGUGAGGUCGAGAGUGGCGUCCUGACCUUGGUCGGUCCAUGUGCAAGAGUACAGGUCGGUCAAAAGUCACAAUUCGUCAAAAGGGACAAGGCCAUUGAAGAAUUUCGAAGCCCUGACGAUCCAUAUCGCGUCAAGAAAUAUGACGGCAUGCCCGACAUGACAGCUAGAUUCGAUACUCGGAACGAUGUCGUGGACGAAGCCCUCGUCAUAUGGGUGAAAGCCAGGGCGGCGGGUAUGGGAAGGUGGUGGAACUCUGGUCUUGCGCUCAGAUGUGUGGAGAAAAACAAGUUUCAAAGGCUGGGACUGGUAUCCGGCUAUUUUGACAGCAAGGACGACGCUCGAGGCUUGAUUGAGUGGUUUCCACGGAAGCAGGUAAAUAUUGUCUAG